AUGAGACAAAGGAGAUGGUUGGAACUGAUACAGGAUUAUGAUAUGGAGAUUGAAUACCAUGAGUGUAAGGCCAAUGUUGUUGCAGAUGCAUUUAGAAGGAAAUCUUCUCACUAUUUGCAGACAAUGCGUUCGAGGAAUCGUAUUCCAGAGGAGUUUCAGAAUCUUGAUGUGGAGAUAGUGCGAUUGGGAGCUCAACUUAACUCUAUUAUGAUUCAAUGCACUUUGUAUGAUGAGAACAAGAAAGCACAAGCACAUGAUCAUUUCUUAAAAGACAAGCAAGCUAAUGAGCCUGUCAAUUUCAUAGUGGCUGAGGAUGGUAGUGUGAGAUUCAAGGGGAGAUGGUGUUUUCCUAAUGUUCAUGAGUUGAAGGAAAAUAUCUUAAAAGAAGCUCACUCAGUAAAGUAUUCAGUUCAUCCUGGAGGGGAUAAGAUGUACAACGAUCUCAAGCAGACUUUUUGGUGGCCUCAUAUGAAGACGGAUGUUGCUAAGUACGUCUCCUCGAGAUGCUUGACUUGUCAAAAAGUCAAGAGUGAGCACAAGAGGCCUCAGGCAAUGAUUCAUCCUUUAGAGGUUCCUACAUGA